GCACAGGGCCGCCCUCUGAGCCCAGCUCUGCUCCGGGGUGAGAGGCGGCAGCGGCCGCUCCCUCCCGUCUCUCCGGGGUGUCCUGUCAGCCAGCAGUUUCCCCCGGGUCCGCAGCGCCGCCUCCGCCGCUGCUGUCCGCGCCUCUCCCACAUCCCCAGCCUCCGGGGGAGCCGCCGCCGCUGCCUCCGCGCCCGCCGCGACCACUGUCCCUAGCGCUUUUGCUCCCUGCUCCACUGUUUCCCCACACCCUGCCGUCCAGGCCCGGCUGGGUCCGGGGAGACUGCCCUGAGGCCGCCGCAGCCCCCAGCCCACAAUCCCUAUACUUACGAUUUGAUUCAGUCGCCACCAAAACUUUGCAAAGUAGUGGUAACACUCAUUUCGCAGCUCAGGACAUGAGCUCACCAAGAUUAAAUACCUUGCUAAAGGUAACACAACUACAGAGUUCCAGGAUAGAAGAAAAUUCAGAGAUGCAUGGUUUGGACCUGGAAGCAGAAAUUUUUGAUGUUGCCAAAUGGAGACUAUGGAUGAGAGACAAGAGUGAUCACAACUACUGGAAGCUUACAGUGGAAGAAGUUAAACACAACCCACCAGGUGACAUGUUAAUAAUGGAAAUAGAAAAUUUAGAAGCCACAAAACAGAACCUCAACCGCCUGAACUCAGACCUUGAAAAGGAUUUGCAGACACUGGAUGAGGCAAAUGAGGCUCUUCUUAGAAAAAUUCAAGAGAAAGAAAAAACCGUUCAAAGUCUGGAAAGAGAUCUCACCUUACCAGCAGAAACUGAUAAAGAGGAGGAGGAGUUGAACCAGAUCAUACUUGAGAAGAAUGACGCUCUGAAGAAUCUGGAGGUAGAGAUAGCAAAGCUGGAAGAAAAGAAUACAAUCCUAAGUAAGAAUGUGGAGGAGCUUCAGGAGAAGAUUUCAAGGGGACUUAAGAAUUUUGGCCCUACUAAAGAAACCCUGAGGAAGAAUUUGGCAGAAUUGAAGGUGAAGCUACAACAGUCAGUAGAGCUCUGUGAACUGCAAGAGAAGGAAAUAGCCAAGGUGCAGAGUGACUACCAACUCAUUCAUGAGCUUUGUGAGGAGCAGAGCCACUGCAUAAGGAUGUACCUGGAAUUGCUGAGGCAGUUGGAAAAGGAAAAAGAAUUGCUGAUACUUAAUAAAGAAAUAGCCAAAGCCCAGAAUUCUUCCCAAGCAGCGAAGCCUGGGUCAAUUCUAGUAGAGACCAUUCAAAAAAACAUGGAGAAGACUAUAAUGAAGAAAGAGAAGAGGUUCUCUUUUUUUAGGCUUUUCCUGUGGCUUUUCUUUAUGGCCCUGAUCUUCAUUGAGCUGCUGGGUUGCCUGUUUUUCCAUCUACAGUACAUAAACCCAGACCUUAUCGUGGACACCCUGCCCAUGCUGAUGAGCAGGAGGAACCAGAAGAGGCUGAGAGACUUCUUAUCUCCUCUCCUCACUCUUGAGUCAGACACCCUUCUUCCACACUAGUCUGGGGUGACCAGUGGGCCUCACAUUGGCCUAUAGGAGAGGAAUUGAGGCUAUGACCUUGUGUAGGGGUGUGGGCCAGGAAGGAAGUAGAAACCUAUGACUCAAGAGCUUCUACUUCACAUCUGAUCUUUUCUUUCAAUUAUUUUCCUUGUUCUCCCUUUGGAGCGUUUCUCUUUCAAAUAAAUAAUGUGUUUGACCAGA